AUGAACACCGAGUUCAUAGAGGCCGAAGCGGGUCCGUCUCGCAAACGAACAACUCCAGAGCUCAUACAUGAGCUGAACGGCCUACUAAGCCGCGAAACGGCCAAAACUAAGCUGCGCCGACUAGCAACAAGAGGACCGGAUGUACCCCUCUUCAAUCCCAUUUGCUCCUCUACGACCUCGGCAGCGUGCCAGAAGGUCCGGAAAGAUUGUACGAGGACGCACUUUGAUCCAAUUAUCAGACCCUACACUGACCCUAAGCUUGGAUACUGCUCAUACCUCAAUCUAUGCUACGGCGAGCCCCUCUUCCGCUCCAACCCCUCUCUCGGCGCCGGCACCUCCGGCGACCCCAGCGCGCCUAGGGGCGGAACGAAAGAGUGCCGAUACCUCCAUUUCCACGUCCAGCCGUCUCGGGAGCGACAUGUUGUCGUGCCCGAGGGGUUCCCGGUCCAGAUGAGUGAGGUGGUCCGCAGGCGGCUGUUAUCUGACGGGUCGGAGGGCGAGGAUAGGGCGAAGGGAAAGGGAAGUGAGAGAUGGAGGAGGGAGAAGCAGUGGGUGAAUUGCGAUCUGAGGACGUUUGAUUAUUCUGUGUUAGGACAGUUCCAAGUCAUCAUGGCCGACCCCCCCUGGGACAUCCACAUGUCCCUCCCGUACGGCACCAUGACGGACGACGAGCUCCGGCGCCUCCCUCUCCCGCAGCUCCAGCCCGAUUGGGGUGUCUUGGCUCUAUGGGUCACGGGGCGCGCGAUGGAAUUGGGGCGCGAGCUGUUUUCGGUGUGGGGGUAUAAGAGGGUGGACGAGGUGGUUUGGGUGAAGGUGAAUCAGGUGGAGAGGCUGAUUAGGACCGGAAGGACGGGGCAUUGGCUGAACCAUACCUGCGAACACCUCCUCGUCGCCGUCAAGCUCCCAGAGAGCCAUCCCCGCGACGCGCCCAUACCCUGGGACACUGACCCGACUUUGCGCGAGCUCAGGCGAGGGGUAGAUACAGACGUCAUAGUUGCGGAAGUCCGCGAAACCUCGCGCAAGCCCGAAGAAGCCUACUCGAUCCUCGAACGCCUCGCCCCCAACGGUCGGAAACUCGAGCUGUUUGGCCGCAAACAUAAUGCCCGACCAGGGUGGGUAACGCUGGGCAAUCAGUUGGGGGAUAGUCAGCUCGCAGAGAGGGAUGUGUGGGAGAGGAUGGGGGAGCGGUAUCCCGAGCAGGAUGUCAGGCUUGUCGAGUAG